CCUUUCUCUCUCGCUCUUCUUGUACAGAGAUAUCGCGUGCAAAUCUAAUUCUGCACACCCCCCCAGCGUCCCACACACUCCCUCGCGCACGGUCAGACAAAAAACGCUUCCUUCAAGGAGCCUUUUUUGAUAUCCCACAUCAUAGCAACUGACAACCGACUCAACGAUGUUCACGACCCGCGCCGCCCGAGAGGAAUCGUACAAGGCAGAGGUGCGAAGGACCCAUGCUCUUCUCAAGCCUAUCCAAAUCGAGGCGGCUGCAAUUUUCUACCCCACCCUGUUCGAGGUGGACCCGUCGACAAAGCCCCUGUUCAAGGACGUCGACAUGGAGAAGCAGGGGGCGAAGCUCAUGAAGGUAAUCGGUGUGGCCGUGAUGAUGCUCGACAAGAUGGACCAGUUCAAGCCUAUGCUGGUCAAGCUCGGAAAAAAGCACGUGACCUACGGAGUGACGGACGACAUGUACCCCUCAGUGGUGUCGGCCCUCCUCAUCACCCUCGAGAAGGGACUGGGCGAGGAGUGCCACCAGUUGACAAAGGACGCCUGGGCAUGGGUCAUGAACUCCAUCGCGGCCGUCUGCAUCGCCGCCGCCAGGGAAGACACGGGAGCCCCGGCCGGAGAAAAAAAGCUCCCUAUCGAGAAGAACACGGCGGCGGCGGCGGUGGCGGUGGCAGUCGCGGUGGCCGUGGGGGUUCUUGUGCUGUGGAAGUAAGGGAAUCCGUGCGGAAGGAGUGUCGCCGCGGGUUCUUUUGGCGGCGGCGGCGGCGGCGGCGACCGCGUCACGGUGUCCAGAACUCCGACGACAAGAGGGCUUGGGGAGAUGGUCAUCGUUGGAACCUGCCGAGGAAGGGCUAGGUCACUUCUUAGAUGACCGAGGCCGAUGUCGCCGCUUGCGGAAGCACUUCGCAAAUAUUCAAUGUCGACCAUCCGCCCAGGGUUGGUUAUCGGGGACGACUAUCAGGCUCAGCGUUAUCAAGGUCACAGCGAGGUAAAGCCGCGCCGUCCACCCGGCCUGGCCCACCCACCACUGAUAGACGUGCCGUCAGGGGUCUUGACGUCUCGAGUUCCUCUGAAAAUAGCUCAGAGACGGGAAGGGGGUUCACGGAUUGUCUGGUGUCGGGUUUUAGAUUACAGGGCCAUUGGUUCAUGCACCGGCAAGAGGUCAAUGACCACAGUAAGGCAGUGUGGUUUGGUAGCAGUAGGGGGUCGCCCAGCCUACAGUAGCUCGACCCCGAGACGAUUGUUUGUGUCCCAACGUGUUAUUGAACGUUGCUUACUUUAUGGUGGUCGUUUUCCCGACUACAUAAGGUGCAUUUCCCGCAUGCGGUGGCUCUGAAAGAGACGCCAGCACCUUGAAAAACCAAACAACGGGGUUCGGCACAGCAACAGUUGAAGCUAUGCAUCUCGGUGGGACCAAUGGUUUCGUUGCGUCGUGGUAUUUGAAUGCUGUGCGCGAACCGUGGUAGGCUAUUACAGUGUUGUAGUUACUUGUUGUUUUGUGUGCGCCGGUGACCUCGGCAUCUGCAAGAUAUCUGCGGCAUAAGCGUCUACUGU